AAAUCAAAAUUUGUAAAUAGUAAUAUCAAAGCGGGUGUGUUUCCACUUUGUGAUAAUCUAGUGACUUUUAAUCGGUCGUGUUGGUGACAUUUGCGACAAUCGCCGAACUCUGCCGAUAACUAAUCAAUGAAGGUUUUUGGAAUGCUUAAAAUGUCACAUUGAGACCGGAUCGGCGGCCAUUUUGCGUAACAGAUGAUGUCUUUGCCAAGCAGCAUGGGGCCGUCAAAGCUCAAAAAGAAACACUUCAGGGUGAAGCAUCAGAAAGUCAAGCUUUUUAGGGCGAAUGAACCGUUUCUGUCGGUAUUUAUGUGGGGGAUUAAUCACACUAUUAAUGAACUGAUGCAUGUCACCAUUCCUGUCAUGCUUUUUCCUGACGAUUUUCGGGCGUAUUCAAAGAUUAAAGUUGAUAAUCAUCUGUUUAAUAAAGAGAAUAUGUCCUCGCAUUUUAAGGUUAAGGAAUACUGUCCUUUGGUAUUUAGGAAUAUCAGGGAGAGGUUUGGAAUUGACGAUUUAGACUAUAAAGAAUCUCUAACUAGAUCACAACCCUUGCCAGAGGAUUCUAGUGGCAAAAGUGGCGCCAAGUUUUACCAAAGUUUCGACAAACUUUUCAUCAUCAAAACGUUGACUUCUGAGGAGGUCGAGAGGAUGCAUUCAUUCCUCAAACAUUAUCAUCCGUAUAUAGUCGAAAGGCACGGUAAAACUCUCUUGCCUCAAUACCUCGGAAUGUAUCGUUUGACAGUCGACAACGCUGAAACCUACAUUGUAGUGACUCGAAACGUUUUCUCAAAUCACUUAAACAUCCAUCGAAAAUUCGACCUGAAAGGUUCGACUGUCGAUCGUGAAGCAUCUGAAAAAGAACGCGAAAAAGACCUACCGACGCUCAAAGAUAACGAUUUUGUCAACGAACAAAUGAAAGUUUACAUUGGAGAAGAAGCGAAACAGAAAUUGAUGGAUACGUUAACAGCCGAUGUGGAGUUUUUGACCAAAUUGCAUUUAAUGGAUUAUAGUCUUUUGCUCGGAAUCCACGAAGUCGAGAGAGGCGAACAGGAAAUGGCAAGGGAAAGAGAAUUGGAGUCGGAAAAUGCCGGACAAGAGUCAGACGAAAGUGAGAGUGGGUCGGGCUUAGAAAGUCGAAAUUUUGGAUUUAAUACGCCGCCAGAUUCGCCGAAUGCACUUGCUCAGUUCAUGCGAGAACAUAGUUUACAGUAUGAAGGUGGAAUAAUCCCCGAACUGGACAUUUACGCCAUACCUAGUUGCGAGUCUGCCCCCGUGAAAGAGAUCUACUUCAUCGCCAUAAUCGACGUACUUACCCAUUAUGGGGUGAAAAAACAGGCGGCGAAAGCCGCCAAAACAGUAAAGUACGGUUCGAACGUCGAUGGAAUUAGUACCUGCGAUCCGGAGCAGUACGGCAAGCGAUUUAUCGAUUUCAUAAGUAAAGCAAUCGAAUAAAUCUGAGGGGAAAAAUUCUUGCUUUUUUUCUCGUUAACGUUGUGUUUAUAAUUGUAAAUAUUAUAUUUUAGAUAUGUACAUAAACGAUGUGAUGAA